AUGGUGUGGGCAGCCCCUACCCUCCGAUUUCCUGUUGCCCUCAUGCAGGCAGCAUUGGCCACUCUCCUCCUCGGUGCCAUCCUUGCUGCCACGGAGCCAUAUGCUGACCUCGGGGUGCUGGUGUGCACCAUGGAACCAGGCACCAUCAUUGCUUUGCACCCCAGUAUCCUGGAGCACCUGAAACUCUGCCCCAUGCUUACGGGUGCCCAACAGAAUGCUGUCAAUGCUGUGCUCCUCAGGGGCAGUACAGUAUAUGGACAUCCUUCAGGCUGGGAUUUGGAGACUCUGCAACAUUUGGGGCCACUAGCACUGGCUUUGAACCAGACCACGCUGAGCUUGGUGGAUAAGGCAGCACGGGAGGCAUUUGCCAGGAGCAUCGCAGCCACCUACAGCACCCAGGGAUGGGAGCAGCGGCAGCAGUCCCUGAUCCUGCUGACAGCCAUGGCAGCAGCAUCCCACCCCCGGCCAAAGCGGAGCGCAGACCAAGAGAUGCCAGCCCCAAAUGCACCCUCCCCGCCUGCAGGCUGCAUGCAGGAGCCCAUCACCACCCGUGUGCUCUCUGAGAGCAUCCUGCUCCUCGACUAUGAAAGCCCCGAGCAGUUCUACCUCUGCCUGAGUGACAGCGUUCUGCAAACAGACCUAGAACAUGUGCUGGAGCAGCCACUCACCACCGAGUAUCUCUGGGUGCUGAAAAAAAGGCUACAGGAGGUGUACCCCACCGGGAUGCCAGAUGCCCAGCUCCGGAGGCUGGGGCCGCUGUCCCGCCUCUACACAGUGCAGGAGCUCAGCCAGUGGCAGGUGACCUCAGCAGACACACUCUGCGCCCUGCUCAACCCCUCAGAUGGCAAAUGGAGCAGCGCCCAGAAGCAGCAGCUGAUCGCAAGGUUCCUGGAGUUGGGGGGCAACCUAACAGGGCCCUUGCUUCAGCAAAUUGGUGGGAUUUUCCUGUGUGAUCUGAACGAGGAGCAGAUUGAGAAAAUACCUCCAGAAGCAAUUGGGAGCGCUGGAGUACUGGACAUUUCUUCCUGCUCUCAAAAGAAAAAGGACCAAUUCUACAGCAAAGCCCAGCAGGCCUUUGCCAGCCAGGCUGGCACCAAGGUGUAUUACCUCCAGAUGCGGCCAUAUCUGGGUGGAGCUCCAGCAGAAGACCUGAAGGACUUGGCUGAAAAUGGCGUCAACAUGGACAUUGACACCUUUCUUGCCCUAAAUCCCAAUGAACUGCAGAAACUCAGCGUUCUGGAUGUCAAAAAUUUGCUGGGGGCAAACAUCCAACAACUGAAGGGAGCUGAAAAUCAGACUGCUGUGAUGUGCUGGGUCAAGAAACAGUCCCAGCAGGAACUGGACCAAAUCCUGGGAAUCGGCCUGCAAGGGGGGAUGCGGGAGCCUCCCCCCACAACCACCCCUUCCCCCCUCACUGCUGCCCCCACCCCUAUAGCCACCAGCAGCCACCCCACUAAUCCAAACACCAGCCCCGAGGCCCCCACCCCAAAUACUGCAAGCCCAACCCUCCCAUACACCGCCCAGCCCAGCACUGCUGUCACCACCAUCACCUCCACCCCAGUCCCCAGCUCCAUCACCCCAUGCUUCAUCCACCAACCCACCACCUCCAAAUCCCCUGCUGCCACCCUCCUCACCACCAUCCUCACUGCUGUCAGCCCCAGGGCCACCUCUCCCAGCUCUGUUCCACCCCCAGCUGUCACACACAGUGCCACCACCAGCACUGAUGUUCCCAAUCCCACAGGCACCAUCCGCAGCACUGGGACCCCACCAGUGUCCCCAGCACUGGGAGGUACCACCGGUCCAGCUCCUGCCCCCUGUAACACCACCACCCCAAGCUCCCCCUGUGCCCUUGUCCCAAAGCCCACCUCUGUGCCUGCUGCCACCACAGCCACAGAAAUGAAUCCCCUCUCCCACAAGCCCACCACCCCACUUAACAACAUCACUGCCUCCACCCAAAGUAUCAGCUCUUCAACGAGCAAGCCUACAGCAACCAUUUGCAAGACUGGUGCUCCUCCAGCACCUCUCGACCCCUCUUCCACCACCUCCAGCAGAGAGAUCACCAAGAAAGCACCAGUAGAUGUGCCAGAGACACCCAGACCUCCACCUGGUGGAUACAUUAAUCUGCAACCUGAAUCUGGCUCAGGAUCCAGGGUGUCCUCAUGCUUACUCCACAUACUGACCACAGCCAUGGCAAUAUCCCUGCUACAAGGGCUUCUCUGACACUGCACCUCCAGCACUGCGCUCCCGAAUCCCUCCUCCCACAUUCAUCAUCCUGCAAAACGAUGCUGGCAAAUUUCUGCCUGAAAAGUAGAAACCCAGGGAAGGAGAAGAGUUUGUCCUUUUGAUUCCAGCAAGGAAAGCUCAUUUUGUUUUGAAUCUGGAAAGUGAA